ACAAAAGCGGCGUAGUAGGCGGCGGCGGGGGGAGGAGGCGUGGUGUUGUGAACCAUGGAGCCCAUGGGUGGUGCUGGCCUUGGCAUCUGCACCUUUUUUGCUUCAGCUCAUCCAAAUGAAUCAUGUGGCAUGAACGGGCUGCCACUGACUCCCAAUUCCAUCCAGAUUCUUGGCGAGUUUCAGUACCUUAAAACACUGAAACACCCCAAUAUAUGCCAAUAUGUGGAUAUCUGUCGUGGGAAACAUGAGCGUCUGAUGGUGGUAUCAGAGCGCUACGGUCACUGCGUGGCCGACGCUCUGGCCGCGGGCUCGCCGCUGGAUACCGUGCGGCUCGCCUGGGAGCUGCUGCAGGCACUACACCACCUGCACCAGCACCAGGUGGUGGUGCGUAACCUGAGCACCAGCACCGUCCGUCUGGCUGCCGACGGCGCCGUCAAGCUGUCCCAGUACGGCCUCUACUACAUGACCAGGGACGGCGAGCUCGUGGCCUUCCCCAUCGGGGACGUGGCCUACCUGGCGCCGGAAGUGCUGGCUUCCGGUCUGACUACUGAGUUCCGGUCGGGUGCCAAGAGCGACGUGUGGUCGGCGGGCAUGGUGCUGUCGCGCGCCGCGCUGGCCGGCCGGCACUGGCCGCGCCGGGACGUUGCUCAGGAGGUGAUGCGUGUGUUCCGGCUAAUGAACAGCUCAGACGUGCUGACGGAGCUGGCUGACGACGCACAGGCUCGCACCCAGUUGAAGUCGUUACCAGAAGACCUGGUCGACCUCCUACGCCAGUGUCUGACGCCAGACCCGGCGGCUCGACCAUCCGUCUCCGACCUGCUGUCCCAUCGAGUCUUCUCUGGCCGCUCGCCGCCGCCGGCCAGCCGCCUACUCCAACCCUUUCCGCUGAUGUUCGACUCUCCAGUUGGUGAGGACGAAGCGGCCGACUCCGGCUCGGAGGGGGCCGGAGUGGAGGCACACCUCCGGACUCGUCCUCUGACGGAGGUGUACCAUUUGUGGCGGCUGGCUGGAGGGGACCUGGAGGCCGAACUGAGGAACCAGGGACGCGUCAAGGGAAAGCCGCCCAUCCUCACCGUGCCGAAUGUGGUGACCCUGGAGGGUGAGACGUUCGGUGUUCGCCGCGACCGAGACACCCUGUACGACCCCAGCGAGAUAGCGCUGCCCCUGGAGCCGCUACUGCGCCGGCUGUCGGAUGUCACUGCCGCCGCCUUCUACCCGCUGCUAGAGAAACGGAUGGGCCCGGUGCUGCACAGCCAAAGUCAGAUGGAAUUGCAGGAGACCGCUCAGCUGCCGCUGGUGAUCCGUGAGUCCGACAUCGAGUACCAGCUGCACCGGAUCACACUCUUCAGCCGGCUGACACAGGUGUACCCGUUCCUGUCCGGCCGACUGGAGGAGGAGGCCCGCACGGACACCCCGCCGCUGUACCGGGCCCACGGCUGGGCGGCCCUGCUGCGCGUCACGGGCCUCCUGCAGAGCCGCUACGACGCCAUCGACAAACUGACGGCUAUACCCACCGACAGACAGAUCGAGGUGGACAUCCCGCGGUGUCACCAGUAUGACGAGCUCCUCUCGUCCCCGGCCGGCCACCGAAAGCUGCAGCGGGUGCUGAAGGCCUGGGUGGUCACCCACCCGCAGUACGUCUACUGGCAGGGACUGGACUCGCUGGCCGCGCCGCUCGUCUACCUCAACUUCAACAACGAAGCGCUGGCGUACGCCAGUCUAUCCGCCUUCAUCACCAAAUAUCUGCACGACUUCUUCCUGAAGGACAACGCGGCGGUGAUUCAGGAGUACCUUGCCGUGUUCGGCCUUCUGACGGCGUUCGUCGACCCCCUGCUGGGCCAGCACCUGACCCAGACCGGCUUCGUGCCGGAGUUGUACGCCAUCCCGUGGUUCCUCACCAUGUUCACGCACGUGUUCCCGCUGCACAAGAUAUUCCACCUGUGGGACGCGCUGCUUCUGGAGGACUCUGGGUUUCCGCUGUGUGUCGGCGUGGCCAUCCUGCAGCAGCUGAGGGACCGACUGCUGCAGUUCGGCUUCAACGAGUGCAUCCUGCUCUUCUCAGACAUGCCAGACAUCAACAUGGAGGCGGUGGUGGUGGAGUCGCUGCGCGUACAGGCGCUGACGCCCCGCUCGGUGCUGCACCGGGAGCACGCGCCGCCGUCGGAGCACAGCCGCCCGGGCCGGCUGGAGGGGCCGCCGCUGCCGCUGGCCGAACUGCGCCAGCUGCGGCUGCCCCGACUGGCCGCCGCCGAACUGAUCGAGUGGAGCCGCCGGCCCGGCCCCAGCCAGGUGUGCGUCCUGGACGUCCGGCCCGCCGACGAUUUCCAGCGCGGCUGUUUCCCGGGUGCCGUGCACGCGCCUCCCGGCUCUCUGCUCACAGAGGACGGCCAGCUGGUGCCCGGGCCGGCCGCCAACGCCGUCCGCGCCGCCAAAGGACAGGUCAUGUGUGUGGUCGGAGGACGAAACGCCGCAGCCGUCAAACAGACGUCGGAGGGGCUGCUGGCUCUGGGCUUCCCGCGAGUGUGCACCCUUCACCGGGGCGUGGAGGCGCUCAGAGAGGCGCAGGCCCUCCAAGUUCCUUCAUCGUAGUGCGAUGACCAACGGGCGAGCCACAAAACAGUGCCGUCGCCCUGCCAUCUGCUGGAGACGAGUGAAUCUACAGGUAUGAGAACCGCCCGCCCGGUACCGCUGUGUUGUGAGAAGUCUACAACCGAGGACGGUGAUUGUGCUACUGGUUGUCGCCGGUUUCGGCAGAGCUUGGCUGUUGGUAUUUUAUAGUGGACGUGACAGCUUUGAUCUGCAAGUAUGUGCGACUAAGCCGGAAGAAUAAUUUUCCAGUUGGUGGCAUGCCCUUUUCGAUUAUUGUCCAGUUCCUAAGUAAGAAGCAUGCCCGUGAAAAAUAGCGCAAUGCGCAAUGGACAUUCUCAUUCUUAAAUGUGGUACAACGUUAGGACAUUUACAAGACGAGAACCUUAUCCCGUUGUCUUGUAGGCGUGUCCACGUAGCAUCACGUAAAUGGUGUGUACUUUAAAAACAUGUAGGUAUUUUAUCAUUUCCAUUUUUCACAGUCCAAUAACGCACGAGAGUUGAGUUGAGGCCAUUGGGCACAAAAGCCCAAUGGCCUCAACAGCUUAUGCAAUCAUUUACAGUUGUGCUCUUUUUUGUGCAUUGUUCCGUUGUUUGUUGCUUUAAUCAUAGGAAAGAAUAAAGAAUUUCUUGUCAGCGGCGGAGCAAAAUCGCAAUACCACGGUGCAGCUCAGAAAAAAAACCGAUGACCUUACCAUAAAUUUACCACACAUGCGAAGACCAGAUGUAUAGCUGGUAGUGUUCUAUGUUACUAAUUGUAAAAAAAAAAAACGGGUACGCUGUUUCAUGCUCCACUGGCGGAAAACGGUAGUGUGCGUUUCAACAUCCCUUCCCUCCAGUAGAGAGCGGCUGGAAGGAAGGAGGAGCGAUUGCCAUGGACUUAGUCACAGCAAAACGAGCACACUGACUAGGCGCUUUUGUUUAUUGUUCCUCAGCCAAGAACACAGUCAUCAGAACCACGCUCGCAGAGACGGCAUAUGUUUGGGCAUUUUUACCGCGCAUGCGUGCUCCAUUUAUCGUUAUUGUCCUGAACGCGAGUUGAAGGUUCUUGCUAGGAUUGUAAAGAGUUAGCCUUCAUUGUGAUGAUGGUAACAAGUAUUUGCUAAUACCCUUAACGCCUAUGACGGUGCUGGGCUAUUUGUAACAUUCCUUAUGGAAGGCAGUGUUGAAGGCAUUUUAUGAUUUAUUGUACAGUGAACUGUGAUGGAACCGCGAAGUCAGGUUACAUAAAUAUACAAUAUAUCCAAAGUAUAAA